AUGUCGACUGUGCCCGAAGUGAUUGCAGCGAGACAAAUGCAACUGCCUUGUGCCGCCGUUUCGGUGAUCACCGAUGAAUGCGAUCCUGACAAUUUAAAACCUCAGCAAGGCAAUGAUUUAGGUGAAAGAAUGAUGAACGCUUUUAAAGAUGCGUUUGAAAAAGAUUGUUCUGAAAUAACCAGUGAGAUAAUCAUUCAGGCUUUUGAACAAUUAAACCAGCACGAUAUUGCUAUUGGCCCGGCAGCAGACGGCGGCUAUUAUUUGCUGGGAAUGAAAUGGCUGCAUCAAUCUUUAUUUCAAAAUAUCGCCUGGAGCACAAAUAGGGUUUUAAAUGACAUUGACGAAGAAAAAGAUUUGAAGAGAUGA